CUCGCAGUGUUGACGUUACGAGCGCCAGCUGUCACUACAGCUAGCAUCGUCGCCGCGUUUUUGUUAUUUUUCCCGUUUUUUAUCCAAUUAUUUAAACAACCCCGGGUUAUGGGUUUCACAAGGGCACCUAUAGAACAGAAAGGAAAACCAAUACUCCCGACAUUGUUGCGCAAUUGCACUCAUUGCGGUCGUUAUUGAGGCAGCUAAAGUUAACUAGCUUGUUGUUAGCGAUGUGAUCACCGUGGCUUCUUUUGGGAAGUCAUUGUUCAACUGCAGGCACGUUCGGCGCGGAAAACUACUAUAAAGAGCCUCUAUUGACGGAUUAAGAACAUGCCUUCUACUAGUAGUGUAUUCUGGCCAGCAAAUUUAGGCCAUACAUACUUUAAAUCGUCUUGAGAUUGUCAAGUUAUUGCAAAUGACAGUAUAAGCUGUACUGUGAAUGGUGGAUUUACCUGUGCGGUACACUUGCAGACACAGGUAACAUUUGUUUCAGCCAUCAUGGACAAAAAGUCAUUUGACAUCGUCUUGGAUGAAAUUAGGAAGUGUGUCUUGACUGAUCAACGCCUAAAAGCCAUUGAGCAAGUUCAUGGCUAUUUCUCCACUGAGCAGGUGAUGGACAUAUUGAAAUACUUCUCAUGGGCAGAACCUCAGAUUAAAGCAGUAAAAGCUCUUCAGCAUAAAAUGGUCGCAAUACCCACAACCAAAGUGGCAAACAUUCUGAAUUGCUUCACCUUUUCAAAAGACAGACUGAUCGUCUUGGAGCUGAUUGCUUUGAACAUUUCAGAUGCUCAAAAUUACCGCCCUGUGGAAGAUUUGUUUCGUAUUCACUUGUCAGAGAAGAAACGGGCUCGCAGGAUCCUGGAACAGGUAUGUAAAGUUGGUUGCAAGGCGCCUGUAGCCAUGAUCUCAUCCUGCGGUAUGAUACCAGGAAAUCCAUACCCAAAAGGAAGACCCAGUCUAGUUGCUGGCACAUUUCCGGGAAUCCCUCCAGUUAAAAAAGAAGGAGAGAAGAAAGAUGACCCAGCUAACAGUAUGGAGGGGAAAGGGAUUGCCUCCCGAAUAAUUGGACCCUUCAAACCUUUUCCUUCAAGGUACAACCCACAUCGCCCUGUGCCGUACCCCAUCCCCCCCUGCAGACCUCACGCUACAAUUGCGCCAAGUGCGUACAACAAUGCAGGCCUUGUUUCAGUGGGUGGGGUCAUAACAGCCAAUGUGGCCCCUCCUCCCUACCGCUCAACCCACAAAGUAGCAGGUUAUACCAAACCAGGCAACCACCAGAACACUACGCCAGGUGUCAACAGUGGGCCGCUGCUAAUUCCUCACGGAUCUACACCGUCCACCCCCCUCCAACAUCAGGCUUCUCCCGCCCAGCCACCUCCCACAACCCCCAUCACACCUGUUUUCCCUGGCAUGGUGCCCUCUCACAACACCAAUGCCCAUUCUUCGUCCCCGGCACCAUCUCCAUCCGUCAUCAGAUCAGGUCCUCAGACCCCCACCGGCCACGCCACACCAUCCUCCGUCACCAAAGCCCAUACGCCCUCAGGAACCCCUUGUGGAACUCCUGUUCCUGGUGCCGGGGGCGUUCCUUCGUCCCCUUUCCGGUCUGUUUCCCGACCUGGCACCCCUUCCACCUCCCGCAGCAGUUCUGAUGUACUGUCUCAGAUGAACUCCAUGGGAUCCAUUCAGCAGAGAGCUUUCUCCCAGUCUACCGACCAUCAGGCAGUAACUCCAUUUCAUAGCAUAACCCCACAAGCAGGUAAACCCUCCGGCUCUGUGAUUCGUAGCUACACCCCCAAUGGAACGCCGUCUACCACCCCAGGUAUUCCAAGUUGUUCCACCCCAGGCCCAAGCCCCAAACCCUUCCAUGCCCAUUCUGCCCAGACUCAGGCUGCCAGUGGACCACGUGGAGUCCUUACGCCCGAGCAGCAGCAGCAGCAGCACCGUGCAGCUCUCAGCAGACACACAGGAGGUGGAGGUAGUGGCAGUAACAGCCCGGUGCCUUCUGCUUUCAAGGGGACGUCUCGUUCUGGAACGCCAUCUGUGAGCCCUCUGGUGGUACCUGGAUCGGCGCAGGCUGCCUUAGCACGUUCUUUAGGGCUGGUACAUCCCUCAGGCUCUCCUCAAGUCUCCCUCCCUAGUCCUGUUGCCAUCACCGGCCUCCAGGCAUUGUCAGCCAGCCCAGGAGCACCUCACUAUCCUGGCCUGUCCCCUUACCCCGCUCUGUCUUCCUCUCUCCCUCCGAGCUCCAUCCCCUCAUCAAUAUCCGCUAUGCCGCCUUCGACCAACGUCUCUAACCCCUCAUCAGCUUCCAUCUACCCUGGCCUGGCUCCUGGGGCGGCACCUAAUGCAACCUCUGCUUUCGGCCUAGGACUCACGUCCGCUGCCGCUAUAUUCCCAGCCCUGCCGCCUGGUCCAAGUCCUGCUGCUUACUCAGGUUUGGGUGUUUCAGGAGGCCACGGCGCAGGGAGCCCAGUGUUGCCUUCUUUCAUAGGACUACCAGGAGCAGCACCGUCGUCUGUUGCGUCUGUGGCACCACUGCAGGCGGCUGCCGCAGCAGCAGCAGCUGCAUCGCCGGUUUUACCCGGUUUUGCUUCCGCCUUCAGCUCCAAUUUCCAGCCUGGGUUGAGCAGUGGCCUCCAGGCUCCGGCAGGCGGCGGAUUCCCCGGGUUGUUGUCCUUUCCGGGCGUCCCUGGCUUCUCUCCUUCUGCCUCUCCUGCUGCUCUCGGUGGUCUACACAAUCCAACAUUGCAACCUGGUCUGCUGCAGGCUCAUCCUACGUCUGCUUUGGAAGGCUUCGCUCCUCAGCCCAACUCUUUCACCAACUACCCAGGCCCAGGAACCCCAUUCCCCCUCCAACCAGGCCUGCACCCCCAGCUGGGUUGGCAGUGAAACCUGCCGUACGUUUUCUUAUUGUGCUAUAAGAUUCCAUGUUUUUAAACGCCCUCACUGACCCUUUAUAUGAAAUAUUUUUGCCCCAGAUGCAAAAGACUGUGAAUUCAUAAGCCAUGAAAUCAGUAAAAAAUAGUAUAUGUGUGUUAUUUCUAGAUGUACAUAUUAGUAUUAGUUAAGUAGUUCUUCUUAAUAUUGUCUUGUCUUUUACCGAAGUGAAUGAUGUAAAAAUGAAUUGCCAGCCUAAAUGUAAUGAAAUGACCAUAUUCAUGUCUUGUUGUUGAAUUAAAUCAAAUACUGUAAUUUACUAUCAAACUGACACAAGAUGACUUCUGUGCUUGUAUUUUUGCAGGCCAUUCAAUGUGUAACAAUUAUUUUUAUUGGUCAAACACUAUUUGCUGCCAUUAGUCUCUUAUUUCCUGUUACUUUUGUUACACUGUCUUUAGUUUCAUUGUCUUUUCCUAUGUAUUUUUUUCCCAGUGUGCCAAGCCUGUACCAUAAAUGACUCAUGCUAGAUUAAAAUGCCCUCUAUAAACCAUUA